AUGGCCACCAACAGGCAGUCCGGCACUUCUCUGAUAGAGAAGAAGGUGGAGGAACAAGUGCUGCGGGCUCUCCAGGAAAAGGAGGCUGCCCUCGAUGCAGCCAUUGAAGAGCAGCAUCGGCAGCAACAACAGCACCCACGCGAUUUUGAUGACGAGGAAUUAGAGCGACUUCGGCAGCAAAGGAGGAAGCAAAUGCAGGAGCAGAUGCAACACCUACAGGAUGGUCACGGGACUGUUACUGAGCUCCAUGACGAAAAGGAGUUUUUUUCGCUGGCUAAGAAGACUAAGCUUGUCGUACGCCUUCCGAACCACCCCACGCCGAACCAGCCCCUCUCCACGUGCAUGUGCUGCAGUGUUCUACUGCACGAACAGGUGUUGGCUCUGUGGCGAGACUUCAGUCGCAAACAUCUGUCCAUCAGAGUUUGCGCUAUCAACGCGGAGAAGGCCCCUUUCCUCACGGAUCGCCUGAAGAUCUGGUGUCUGCCGACGGCAGUACUCGUGCGAGAUAGCCAGACGCAACAUUCAAUCGUUGGGCUUGACGAAGUUGGAGGCGAACGCUUGAGUCUCUCGGAACUGGAAGACGCCAUGAGGAGACAUAAAAUGCUGCCUCCUGAAUAG